AUGUGUUUUAAUUCCAACCCCCAGGCGCAGGCAUUAAUUUUAAAUAAUUAAACAAGAUAAGGAAUUUGGGCAAAGUUCACAAUAAAAUUAUGUAAAUAUUUUAAAAUAUCUUUAACCAACCCACUUUUGUAACUACUGUUGCUAGGUGCGCAUUAAGUAAAAUGUAUUCCAAGCAUAUUACUAAGAUAUUCGCACAUAAUAAACGUGCAUAUAGCUCAAAAUCGCACCUACACGAUGUGGUUAUCAUAUCAGCAACUCGCACCCCAAUCGGAUCAUUCUUGGGAUCACUAUCUUCAUUGUCUGCCCCUCAGUUAGGAGCUGUCGCUGUAAAAAGUGCGGUUGAGCAAGCAGGUAUACCAAAAGAAGAAAUUCAAGAAGUCUAUUUCGGCAAUGUAUGUCAAGGAGGCGUUGGACAGGCACCUGCACGACAAGCAACUAUCUUUGCGGGACUACCAAAGUCCACCAUUUGUACAACAGUCAAUAAAGUUUGUGCUUCUGGUAUGAAAUCUGUAAUGCUCGCUGCUCAAAGCUUGCAGGCUGGACAUCAAGAAUGCAUUCUAGCAGGAGGAAUGGAAUCCAUGUCAAAUGUGCCUUAUUAUAUGAAACGUGGCCAAACGCCAUAUGGUGGGUGUACUUUGAUAGAUGGCAUUGUUUCUGAUGGCCUAACAGAUGUUUACAACAAAUUUCAUAUGGGAAAUUGUGCAGAGAACACUGCAAAGAAAUUGGGCAUUACACGUAAACAGCAAGACGAAUAUGCAAUUUCGAGUUACAAACGAAGUGAGGCAGCACAUGCCGCCAAUGUCUUUGCCAGUGAAGUAGUGCCAGUACCUGUUCCACAACGGAGAGGCCAACCAGACAAGAUUUUUGCGCAAGACGAAGAAUACACUAGAGUCGAUUUUAACAAAUUUGAUAAAUUGAAUACCGUAUUUCAGAAGGAAAACGGCACUGUAACUGCUGGUAAUGCCUCCACACUGAAUGAUGGCGCCUCAGCCUUAAUUAUUACAACUGCUGCAGCUGCCAAAAGAUUAAAUGCCAAACCAUUGGCUAGAAUUGUUGAUUUUAGAGAUGCCGAAAUAGAUCCUAUUGAUUUUCCUAUAGCACCAGUAGGCGCAAUUAAGGAUUUACUUCAAAGAACAGGUGUUAAAAAGGAUGAUGUUGCAAUGUGGGAGAUAAAUGAGGCUUUCAGUGUCGUUGCAGUCGCCUGUCAGCAACUGCUCGAUAUCGAUCCCUCUAAAGUGAACAUGCACGGAGGAGCUGUUAGUUUGGGACAUCCUAUUGGAAUGUCUGGUGCAAGAAUUGUAACACAUUUGGUACAUGCCCUUAAACCGGGUCAGAAAGGUGUUGCUGCAAUUUGUAACGGAGGUGGUGGAGCUUCGUCUAUUAUGAUUGAGAAGCUAAAAGAGGACACCAAAAAUAAACUACCUGUAGUGACACUUUAUACAAAAGACCCAUGCUCCUUAUGUGAUGAGGUGAAACUAAAAUUACUACCGUAUUUACAUCGUUGCCAAUUGCAAAUGGUUGAUAUAACGAAAAAAGAAAACAUAAGAUGGUUGCAUUUGUACAGGUAUGAGAUACCUGUAUUAUUUGUAAAUGGCAAAUAUUUAUGCAAACAUUCAUUGAACGAGAUAUUAUUAGAGAGAAGACUCUGUGAAAUCGAGGAGCAAAGCUAAAUAUAUUAAAGAGCAUGGGCAUUCGGUUUCAUUUCCACUAUAUUAUAUUUUAGGCCUUAUAUAAUAGGUAUACCGUAUACCUACAUGUUAUUGUUAUACCUAUAAUUCCUUUGUUUAUUAAUAGUUUUAUAUAAAUAUACGAAAUACAAAUUAA